CGAGGUACCUAAUUAACAAAUAAACAUUCGUCUGCCAUAUUCAUUUCGGGCGUAGUCUGCUGAACUCGACGGUUCAGGAAUUCCGGAGCGGUUAAUUUAGUGGAAAAUGUUCUGAUUCUAGUUGCGAAUCCGCAUUGUUUCUUCGAUUGUUAGUGCCUUAGUGGUCGAGUGAUUGAAAAAUGGCGAUUUUGUGGCGCUGCGGCGCCCUUUUGGCCCUGAUCGCCGUGGUGGGUGUGUUGGCCCAGUACGAGUGGCAGCCACGGGACGCGUUCGACGAGGUUAAGGCCAAGUUUGACCGUGCCACCGCGGACAACUGUCCGAUUCUGCACAAGUCGGACCUGUUCCUUUCGGACGACACCGUGUCCCACCUGCCGGACAUCAAGGAGUUUGACCAGAAUCCGAUCUUCCCGAAUCGGUCGGCGCUGCUGCUGCUCCACAAUAUGGCGCUCAGUCGGGGCUUCUACUGGAGCUACAUUCUUCAGAGUCGAUUCAUCCGACCCGCCAUCAACGACACGUACGACCCGGGUAUGAUGUACUACUUCCUCUCGACCGUGGCGGACGUCUCCGCCAAUCCGUCCAUCAACGCCUCCGCCAUCUACUUCUCGCCGAACACCUCGUUCUCGUCGUCCUACCGAGGCUUCUUCAACAAGACCUUCCCCCGAUUCGCCCCACGAACCUUCCGCCAGGACGACUUCAACGACCCGAUCCAUCUGCACAAGAUCUCCACCAUGAACACGUUUGACGUGCGCGAUCUCGGGGCGUUCCCACCGGAUUCGGUCUCGCGGGACUACACCCAGGAUCAGUACAAGAUCAACGAUUGGUACAACGCGUGGCUUCCGGAUGACGUGGAUCGGCGUCACGACACCAAGACGACGUACCAGGUGGAGAUUCGGUAUGCGAACAACACGAACGAGACGUUCACCUUCCACGGACCGCCGGGGGCGGAUGAAGAUCCGGGUCCGGUUAAGUUCACCAAGCCGUACUUUGACUGUCGGCGGUCGAACAAGUGGCUGGUGUCGGCGGUGGUGCCGAUUGCGGAUAUCUACCCGAGGCACACGCAGUUCCGGCAUAUCGAGUAUCCCAAAUACACCGCCGUCGCCGUCAUCGAGAUGGACUUUGAGCGCAUUGACAUCAACCAGUGUCCGAAAGCGGAGGGUAACAAGGGCAAGAACAAGUUUGCCGAUACGGCCCGGUGUAAGAAGGAAACGACGGAGUGUGAACCGCUGGACGGGUGGGGCUUCCGGAGGGGUGGCUACCAGUGUCGGUGUAAUCCGGGCUACAGAUUGCCAGCCGUAGUGAGGCGGCCCUACUUGGGGGAGAUAUUGGAGCGAGCUUCCGGCGAGCAGUAUUACAAUGGGUUUGACUGUACGCCGAUUGGGUGGCUGCAGAAGACUCCGAUCGAGUGGUACCGGCUGCCGGCUUACACGCGGGAGAAGUACUUGGCGCAUUACUACGAGCACAAGAAUUACAGCAAGGGUGCGAUCUCGAUCCACUCGGAGAAGAUCAACGUGAACGAGGUACUGAACUUUAUCUUGGGCGUGAACGAGAAGACGUGCAAGAACUUCCACAAGCAGGAUCUGAUUUUGAAUGGUGACAUUAGCUUUGGAGCGCAGGAGCAGUUUGCGAACGAGGCCAAGAUGGCGAUCCGGUUGGCGAACUUCAUCAGUGCUUUCCUGCAGAUAUCCGACCCGCUGGAAGUUUACUCCGGCAAACGAGUCGCGGACAAACCCCUCACCGAGGAUCAGAUGAUGGGCGAAACGUUGGCGCUGGUCAUGGGCAACUCGCGAAUUUGGAGCGCCGCCACGUACUGGGACCGCAGCAAGUUCCCCAACCGCACUCUGUUCGCCCCGUACGCGUACAAAACCCAGAAGAACAGCCGUAAGUUCAAGAUGGAGGACGUCGCGCGGAACAACAAGACCGGCGAAGACUACACCGAGCUGCCCUACUUCAAGCUGAUGCGGCAGCGUUGGGCGGCGAACUUUGACUCGUUGGAGAAGUACUACAUGAAGAUGAGGUUGAGACAUAACGAAACUGGGGAGCAUUCGCAAAAGUACGAACACUAUCCGAACUUUUACCACGCGGCCACGAUGCCGCACGGACACUGGACGGUGCCGCAGUUCGACUGCAAGGGAUACGUCAAGAAGUGGUUGAUUACGUACGCGGUGCCGUUCUUCGGGUGGGACAGCUUGAAGGUGAAGCUGGAAUUCAAGGGCAUCGUUGCAGUCUCGAUGAACAUGCUCCAGCUGGAUAUCAACCAGUGUCCGGAUGAUUAUUACGUGCCGAAUGCAUUCAAGAAUACCCACAAAUGCGACGAGAAGACCUCAUACUGCGUUCCGAUCCAGGGCCGCGAGUUCGAGCUCGGUGGCUACAAGUGCGAGUGUCUGCAGGGCUACGAGUACCCGUACGAGGAUCCGAUCACGUACUUUGACGGCCAGCUGGUGGAGGCCGAAUUCCUGAACAUUGUCAACGACGACCGCAGCCGGUACGAUACGUUCAAGUGUCGGCUGGCUGGGGCCGCCUCGGCCCGGCUCGAGGUGACCAUCUUGGGUGGGUUGAUGGUGCUGUCCUGGCUGUUGUUCCGCCGGUGGAGUCGGUAGGGAGGUUUGGAAAGGAGUGGCCAUCCGAAAAGAACUGCAAUGAAAGUCGUACUGUUUUCAACGGGAGCUGAGGGAGAAGGUUGAGACAUGAAACAGAAGUGCAUUGCCUUAUGGCGUCGGGAACGACGCUCGGUAGAGUUAGGAAUAAGCUGGAAAUUGCAAAUCAGACGCUGUUUGACAUCACAAGACAGCUGUCAAACCUAUUACAGCUCUCAAUCGACACCUUUUCUUUUAUACCGACUAUUUUCAAUUCUUAUGAAAAACUGAAAAGAUAUUGACUUGACUCAAUCUAGAGGUGGAAUUUGGGUGUCAAUUUGAGAUAACUUAUCUCAUACAUAUAUUUUGACAGAGUGACAGAAAUUGACAGAUUGACAGAAGAGUACUUACCAACAUAGCAGAAACUACCGUAGCUACACCUUGAUGGUCAAAUUUAUAAAAAAAAUAGCCGUUUUCUACAUUUUGACACAAUUUAACUUGACACUUAAUUUCAGCAAACACAAUCAUGUUUUAUUGUCUAUGACAAUAAAGUCCAUUCUAGAAGUGACCGGUGGAUUAAAUAAAAUUAAAGAUACCAAAAUGAUAAUCAAGGUUCCCAUUUAUGAAUCUUUCCAUUUAACUUUGACAAAUUUACAGUAUGACCAGGCUGGCCAAUCAGAGACAAUUUUAAAAUUUCCCCUUUUUUCAACUUUUUCUGUAUAUUCAGAACAUCAAAUAUAUUUUACUUGAAUUUGUUAAGUUUUUGUCUAGAAUUUUCCUUAUCAGACAAUUUAAAGUAAGACCAAUACAUUUCUUCAAUUGAAGUUUGUUCUAACUUUUCAUAUAUAAAAAAACCUUAUGCAAACGAAUUUAACUAUUCACAAUACUUUCCACAUUUUAUCGAUUCAAUUUUCGCUUCAACUCCUAAAUUAUUGUCUGUGAAAAGAUGGACAAAAAAGUUAGGUAAUUUAUAAAAUGAUAAAAUAAAAUAAUGAAACAGUUUUGGAAGUAGAACAUCUUCUUCGUUUAAAGAGUACUCAGUAGGAAUCAAAUGGGAUACUUUUAAGCUUUUGAAAAAGAUCGAAAAAUCGUAAUAUUUUAGAGAAAAUUAAUAAGUUUAUGAAUUUGCUUAAAAAAUAAGAAACUCAGGCUUGAAAUGGGGUUUGAAGCAAUAGCUUUUAAACUUGUGUAAGACUUGACUUUCAAAAAAAGGCAGAAUCAUUUUUUUUUGAAAACAGGUACUAAAUCAUUUAAAAAUUAAGCAAAAUACGAUGAGUAUAUUUUAAAGGUAACUGACUUAACCAAACCAUAUCAGGCUCAAUUUUCAAUGCUUUCACUAAGAAUAUAUUUUUUUAGAUGAUGUAGUAAAUUUCAAAGUAUUCUUGCUCAGGAAUUUCACGAUAUUUAAAAAAAAACUCAAAUUUUCAUAAUCUGCAAUAGGAGCAUCAAACAAAGUGAUUUUUUUUUGUAAAAUAUUCAUUUUUAACAAAAUACCGUACGCAAACGAAGUGACAUUUUGAAUGCAUUUCACUUUAACAGAGUUUUGUUUGUUAAAUUCUCUAAUUUUCACAAAAUACCAUAUUUUAUCUAAAAUAUUAUAAUUUCCAUGAUUUGCAAAAUGGAUUGAUAUCCAUAUAUAGCGAUAUUUUGUUUGCAUUUUAAUCUUUUAUGAGUAUUUUUUAUGUAAAAUACUUAAAUUUUCUAAAAAUAAUGUGUGUUUAUGUUAAUUACUGAAAUUUACACAAUUUGCAAUAUGAAUAUCAAACGAAGCCACAUUUUGUAUAAAUUUUCCCUAAAUUAUUUUUUUUGUUAUUUUUACAAAAUAUCGUUUUUUUGAAAAUACUCAAAUUUUUAUAAUUUGCAAUAUGGGAAUCAAACGAAUCAAAAUUUUGUAUGCAUUUACUUUUUACUGAAGCAUUAAACAAUGCGCAAUUUUGUAUGAUUUCACCUUUUUCGUUUUUUUUUGUAAAUUAUAAAUUUUUCUCGAAAUACCGUAAGCAAACGAAGAGAAAAUUUGAUUUUUUUUCACAAUAUAAUGAUUUUUUCUAAAAUAUUCUUAUAUUAAUAACUUGCGAUAUGGAUAUCAAACGAAGCGAUAUUUUGUAUGCAUUUUAACCUGAUUUGAGUAUUUUUUUAUGUGAAAUACUACAAAUUUUUAAAAAUAUUUAAUACUGUAAUUUUCAUAAUUCACUGAGUGGGUAUCAAACUAUGCAAAAUUUUGAAAUUUCCCUUAAAUUUUUUUUCUGUAAAAUACUAUUUUUUUAAACAAAAUGUCUUUUUAUUUAAUUUUUCAAAUUUUCGUAACUUGCAAUAUGGGUUUCAAAUGAAGCAGAAUUUUGUAUUUAUUUAUUUUAAAAAUCAAACAAAAUACGAUGGAUAUGUUUUCAAGGUAAUUGACUUAAUCCAACCAAAACCAAAAUUUUCAUAAUCUGCAAUAUUAGCAUUAAUCGAAGCGCAAUUUUUAUGCUUUUAACUUUUUUUUUUUAAUUUUAAUUUUUCUCGAAAUAUCGAAAAUUUUGAGAAAUUUUAAAUUUUUUUUCACAAAAUGUCGAUUUUUUCUAAAAUGUUAAAAUUUUUAUAAUUUGCAACAUGGGUAUCAAACGAAGCGAUAUUUUUUAUGCAUUUUAACCUUAUAAGAGUUUUUUUUUUUGUUAAAUACAAUUUUAUUUUCGAACACACCAUAUUUUUGUUAGAUACCUAAAUUUUCAUAAUUCGCAAAACGGGUAUCAAACAAAGCAUAUUUUUGUAUGAAUUAACACUUUAUUUGAUUAAUUGCUGUAAAUUACUCAAGUUUUCACAAAAUACCAAAUUUUAAAAUUUAAAAGUAUAUUAAAUUAAAAUUUAAGCAUUUUUGAAAAAAUACGGUUUUUUGCGAUUUUUUUUUUAAUUUUACAAAAUCUGAUAAAGUUAAAUGAAAAUUCCUAUAAAUUUUUCGAAAAUUCGGUAUUCGUACAAACAUUGGUAUUUGUAAAAACAUUGAUUAUUUUACAAAAAAAAAACUCUUCUAAAGUGAAAAUACGUACAACAUAUCCCAUCGUCUGAUACCCAUAUUGCAAAUUAUUAAAAUUUAAGUAUUUAUUUUUUUUUUUAAUUUGAGAAUUCUUCAAAAAAUUAUCAUUUUUUGAGUAUUCAUACUUUGAUACAAACUUACAUACAUUCUCAGUAAAAGCUUGUCAUUUUCAACAUGAUUUGUUUCGAUUAAGUCAAUUCUGGAAAAAUAUUAAAAAUUAGUUAUCGUUUGUUAACGUUGAUAACUUUGAAUUAUCAAAAUAACGAUCGAUUAUCGUUAACAACCCUACAUUAUACACUUGAUUUAAACAUUGUUCGAAACUCUAAAAUGAAAUUUCUGAAAAAAAUCAGUAAAAUUCUUAACCUUUCUUAGAUUUUUGCUUAAGUUGCCGGCCUUGCCUAUUAGAUAUUUGACUUUGACAGGAACAUUGAAAUAACUUUAUGAUUGAUGAUUGAUGUAACUUUAACCGUUUAUAAGUCAAAAUUGAUCUAUAAUUCCUGCAUUGUUUUUUUUUCAUUCGAUUCGAACGUUAACAAUCGGAUUUUUUUAAAGUAUUGGCUAAAUUAUACGAAAUCAAAAGGAAUCGAACAUUUGUUGACAUUUAAAUCGAUUGCUUUCUUAAGAACUAACUAGAAUUGUUUUUGAAGUCAUUUUUUAAAUCACUCACAAAGAAACUAGUAUGUUACAAAAGUAUAACUUGUUAAAAAAAUCAAUCUCUAAAUUUAUAAAAUCGAUAAAUUUGAUAGGCCAUCAACUAUAAUAUUUUAUUUUUGACAGAUUGACAGGAAUUCACUUACCCAUUAAUAUCAAACUGGAAUAUCUGGAAAAUAAUAAAGGUUGCAAAUCUUAAGUACAACUUGAAGUCCGUAAUUGAAGUGAAACAUAAAUAAAAAACAAAUGAAACCCCUUUUAUAAGGUGAAACAUUCCAACGAAACAGUGUCUGAUUUGCAGUAGCCAGCUAUAAAAAAGUUCAAUUUUAAUCAAGAAUCUCUAGCAAUAGUUAUUAUAACCGUUUAGAUAAGCAGAAACAUUAACAUUCCGUCCAGGGACUUUAGAAAAGAAAUCAUGUUAGAAAAGAUUCAAAUCACGAAUAAUGUAAAAGAUUUAACAACAUAUCUCUAACACAACUUUAGCAACCUAAGCCGUCCAGCAAGUAUUGUGAAAACGUGUAAACUGUAAGCCAUUAGAAUGUAAGCUGUUUUAGAAAUCUCAACUGUUUACUCAAACUCUAAACACAUGCUUUUUAUUAGAACCAUUCGUUGACGCGCAGAUGAAUUUUUGUACAAUUUUUAUUUUCUAGAAAAAAAAAAACAAACUCCGUACCAAUAAAGCGAUUUAGUACUGUUA